CGGCUGAGGGAGGAUUCGGGCCGGCUGCCAGCUGGUGACAGGGGCGAUGAUCCACUGACACAGACUGAAACCCACACAGACACAGACACUCAGCAGAGAGACACGCACCGUGAAAGGACAGAAACUCCCCACAGACAUUAUGGCCCAGUUUUCAGACCUGGAGAAGGCCAUCAACACGCUGGUCAGUGGAUUCCACUCAGCUUCAGGAAGCAACAGCCCAACGCUAAAACCCGAUGAGUUCAAGAACCUUCUGUCCAGCCAGAUGCCCGUCCUGGGGAAGAACUUCCUCUCAGAGCAGGGCCUGAGUGACAUCCUGAAGAAGAUGGGCGUUAACGAUGGUGAGGGAAUCUCCUUCAAGCAUUUCUGGAACUUAAUCCAGACAGUAGCCACGAGUCAGCACGGCCUCCUGUCAAGCCAGAGGGGCUGCACCUGCAUCCUGCUGUGAAAAACGGCGCUCAGAGUGAUGCUUCAGCCGCCCAGAGUCUACACACAGUAACACAACGUCCAUUGGCCUCCUGAAAAAAACGCCUUCAGAACGCUCCUUUACAUAUUUAGGACCAAAACACUAAUACUACUACAUGUCCCAGCAUCCUUUGCACCAGUUAAAGGUCACAAUUAGGCACUAAAAACAUCACCUUGUCCAAGACUACAUAUUCCCAAAAAAGCAGCUCAAAAUAAAAUAAAAUAGUCUCGUAGUACGAUGCAAGAAUCAUUGAUUGUGGCUGUUUGGAGAUUCUGACGUGUUUUCAACAUGCCACCAUUUUAUUUCUUCUAGAACUAUGAUAAGGGGUGGGAAAAAAUAAAUUCUGAAAUAUAUCAGCGUACCAGCUCGUUUCAUAAAAUCAUCCAAUGUCUGGUGUAAAAUGUCAAACUUUAACUUUAAAAAAAUGAGCGUCACUGCUUCUUUAGGUUCAUGGUGGCGCCUGUGGCAUAAACAAGUGUAAAGUUAAUAGCAGGUGAUUGGGUAAAGAAGUUGACAGCAAGGAAGAAGAAGCAGGAUAAUGUCAGACAGACAGAUAGGUGCACAGGGAAGGAAUUAAUCCAUCAGUAAGUGUGGGAAAACUCCUGCACACUGUCUAAAUUACACAAAAGCAAUAGCAACAUUUCCCUACAGAGCCACAGAACCACUGCAUAGAGUUUGAAUUUACCUGGUGCAAAAGCAGAGGAUAAACCCAGAAGAAGUCCCGCAUAUCAUCACUUUGUCCCAUAUUCACUCCAAUAUUUCCAUUUGUUUAUUUCCUGUAUAUGAAUGUGAUUCACAGAGCCUUUAAUCAGGUUGUUUACUUCAUAAUAAGCCCAGUGUUGUAUUCAUGGCUUCAUAAAUAUAUUUUAUAAUAGCUCAAAAAUUUACAUUAGCACAGCCUCAUUUAUGGUAUUAAAAAGGGAACACGAUUGAGGUCAGAUGUGUCCAUUUUUGCCACUUUUCUCGCUGCAGUCAUCUCAUUUGUUUACUGCUAGAUUGCUAAGUUUAUUGUUUAUAUUCAGUGAUGUUUUAUUGUCAAAAAUACCAACUCAUAUCAUGGGAGUGAUUCAUUUAAAGGUUUAUUCUUUCAAUAAAGAUUUAAACUGCAUCUUAAUACUUACAGUCAUCUCAUUCUUCAUCAUAUGUGUCGGUAUCAAAACUCUGGAUUAUCUCUAAAUGUCAGCUUUGCAAUCAUUAAAAGAAACAUCUCAUAAAGCGUGCUUUAUUAUUGGUAAUGCUUUGUCAUCUGUGAUCCAGCAUUUUCUUUGUAUUUAUGUUUUUUUAUUCCCUGUGCUCUGACCUGUGUGACACCUUGAAAAGGAUGUAUUAAAAGAAAUCACCACUACA